AUGCCGGAGUCCAACCGCAGCUCCUGUCUCAUUCAUGCUGAGCGCUGCUCUCCUGUGCGCACGGAUCUGCAGAGCUGAGCUUUUUGAACCGCUGCUGCUGCUCUCUGACGAGCCGAGCGGGAAUGGAAACGUCUUCUGCUGCAACUCUGACAUCCUAAAGAAAAGAAGAAAUAAUGCCAAGCAGGGAUAAUACAAAACACGGCUUAAUAAGGCUGGUGGCAGACAUGGCAGAGGAUCAAGGGAUGAGGAUAUAAAAUCUCCACCAGAGAAAGGAGGAUAAAAGAGAACAGGAAGAUUACUACUUUGAGACUUUUUUUCUACUUAUACAUCAUUGUACCCUGCAGUCGUAUAAGGCACCGACUGACCCUUUAACGGAUUACGCUCUCAAAAACAUACACCCACUUCCCUCCCCUCACCACCAUGUCACACCUUAAUCCACCCCUUCUCAUCUUCCCCUUGCUCUUCCUUCUCCUCUCCCUCCCUAAGACCUCCACAUCUACCACUCCCCCCACCUCUUCUCUCCUCUCCUUCUCUCCGCCGGAAGGUGGUCUCACACAUUUGGUGGUCCACAACAAAACCCGAGAGGUCUACCUGGGUGCCGUCAACUGGAUCUACAAGCUGUCUGGCAACCUCACCAAGCUGCGGAGCCAUGUCACCGGGCCCGUCACCGACAACCCUCGCUGUUACCCUCCUCCUGGUGUCCAGUCCUGCCCACAUGAGCUAGUGCAGACUUCUAAUGUCAAUAAACUCCUGCUACUCGAUGCUGCCCACAACCGCUUAAUUGCGUGUGGGAGUACUUCCCAGGGAAUAUGCCAGUUCCUGCGUCUGGAUGAUUUAUUUAAGCUCGGUGAGCCACACCACCGUAAAGAGCAUUAUCUAUCCAGCGUUGCGGAGGCGGGCACCAUGUCUGGUGUGGUGAUCCCCCCUGACAUCUUCGGCGGGGGCGGCAAGCUCUUCGUCGGCACCCCCAUCGACGGGAAAUCGGAGUACUUUCCUACGCUGUCGAGUCGCAAACUGAUGUCGAACGAGGAGAACGCCGACAUGUUCAGCUUUGUGUACCAGGACGAGUUUGUAUCUUCGCAGCUUAAGAUUCCCUCCGACACCCUGUCCAAGUUCCCGGCAUUUGACAUCUACUACAUCUACGGCUUCAACAGUGAGCAGUUUGUCUAUUACCUCACCUUACAACUUGACACCCAGCUCACCUCGCCAGAUGCGAGCAGCGAACAGUUCUUCACCUCCAAGAUCGUCCGCCUGUGUGUCGACGACCCCAAGUUCUACUCUUAUGUCGAAUUCCCCAUCGGCUGCACUAAGGACGGAGUGGAGUACCGCUUGGUUCAGGACGCCUACCUGGCCCGACCAGGAACCCGCUUGGCACGUUCUCUUGGUAUUCGAGAGCACGAGGAGGUUCUGUUCACUGUAUUUGCCCAAGGUCAGAAGAACAGAGCCAAGCCGCCCAAGGAGUCGGCUUUGUGUUUGUUCACAAUGAGGCAGAUAAAGGAAAAGAUUAAAGAGAGGAUUCAGUCGUGCUACAAAGGAGAGGGAAAACUCUCCCUGCCCUGGCUGCUCAACAAGGAGCUGGCCUGCAUCAACUCGCCGCUGCAGAUAGACGACAACUUCUGCGGCCAGGACUUCAACCAGCCUCUCGGAGGUACAAAAGCCAUCGAAGGAUUUCCACUUUACGUGGACAAAGAUGACGGCAUGACCUCUGUGGCGGCGUACGACUACAGAGGAAACACCGUGGCAUUUACCGGCACUCGCAGCGGACGCAUAAAGAAGAUCCUGGUGAACUCCAUUUCCCAGCCUGCCUUGUUGUAUGAGAAUGUGAUGGUGAGCGAUGGGAACCCCAUCCUGAGAGAUCUGCUCUUCAGUCCAGAUCAUCAGUUUUUGUACGCUCUCACUGAUAAACAGGUGACCCGUGUGCCGGUGGAGAGUUGUGAGCAGUACGCAUCCUGUAGAGACUGUCUGGGAUCAGGAGACCCUCACUGUGGCUGGUGUGUGCUACACAACAUAUGUUCGAGGAGGGAUCGCUGCGAGCGAGCAGAGGAGCCGCAGCGUUUCACCACCAGAGUGGAGCAGUGCGUUCAUCUGUCCGUCCACCCAGAGACCGUCUCUGUCACCAUGUCAGAAGUGCAGUUGGUGCUUCAUGCGCAGAACGUGCCCAGUCUGUCUGCGGGAGUGAACUGCUCCUUCGAGGACUACGUGGAGACGGAAGGACGCAUCUACAGCGGACGGAUCUUCUGCCUGUCUCCCUCUACCAAAGAAAUUGCUCCCAUAACGCGAGACCAGGGUGACCAACGUAUAAUAAGACUGUACCUGAAGUCCAAAGAGACAGGAAAGAAGUUUGCCAGCGUUUUGUUCGUCUUCUACAACUGCAGCGUCCACCAGUCGUGCCUGUCCUGUGUCAACGCCAACUUCCCCUGCCACUGGUGCAAAUACCGCCACAUGUGCACGCAGAACGCCAGCGACUGCUCCUUCCAGGAGGGCCGGGUCAACAUGUCCAAGGACUGCCCUCAGAUCCUGCCCUCCACUCAGAUCUACAUUCCAGCCGGGGUAAUGAGGCCAAUCACCCUGCUGGCUCAGAACCUGCCCCAGCCUCAGUCCGGACAGCAGAACUACGAGUGCAUCUUUCACAUCCAGGGCAGCACACACAGCGUCCCGGCGCUGAGGUUCAACAGCUCCAGCAUCCAGUGUCAGAAGACCAUGUAUGACUAUGAGGGCGGCGGCAUCAGCGACCUGCCGGUUGACCUCUCCGUGGUGUGGAACGGGAACUUUGUCAUCGACAACCCAUUCAACAUUCAAGCCCACUUGUACAAGUGUAGGGCGUUACGGGACAGCUGUGGGAUGUGCCUGAAGGCUGACCCCAGGUUUGAAUGCGGUUGGUGUGUCCAAGAUAAGAAGUGCUCCCUGCGGCAGGAGUGUACGGGCGGAGGGAACUCCAACAUGCCGCUGCAGCUGGCCGAAGGUGGAGGGUGGAUGCAUGCCACAUCUGGAAACAGCCGUUGCACUCACCCCAAGAUCACCAAGUUGUUCCCGGAAACCGGACCUCGUCAAGGGGGCACCAGGUUGACGAUCUGGGGGGAAAACCUGGGCCUACAGUUCCGAGACAUCCAGAUGGGAGUGGUCUUGGGAAAGGUGCCCUGCGUGCCCGUCGAACAGGAGUAUGUCAGCGCUGAGAGAAUCGUUUGUCUUCUGAACGAUGCCACUGGCUACCGGGUUCAAGAGGCUCAGGUGGAGGUGUGUGUGAGAGCCUGCGUCAGUGACUACAGAGCUCUGUCACCAAGGCCAUUCACCUUUGUGACUCCGUACUUCACUCGUAUCCAGCCGUCUCAGGGACCCAUUUCGGGCGGCACCCGGGUCACCAUUGAGGGAAGCUAUCUCAACGCAGGCAGCUCCGUUUCUGUCAGCAUCGGACCACAACCCUGCCAUUUUAAGAGGAGAAAUGCACGAGAGAUUGUGUGCAUUACCCCAGCUGUACUUUCACCAAGCAGUUCAUCGGUCCUGGUGGACAUCGAUGACGCCGAGCUCCGUAACCCAGAGGUCAGAUUUAACUACACCGAAGACCCCACGGUUCUGAAAAUCGAACCUGACUGGAGCAUCGCCAGUGGUGGAACCCCACUGACAGUGAGUGGGACCAACUUAGCAACCAUCCGAGAACCGAAGAUCAGGGCCAAAUACGGGCAGGCCGAGUCUUUUCAUAACUGCACCGUGUACAACAACUCUGUGAUGGUGUGCCUCGCUCCGUCGGUGGCGGAUUCCGAGCUAGGCUUUUCCGACACCGGCACCGGCCCGGACGAGAUCGGCUUCUACAUGGACAACGUGAACUCUCUGGUGGUUGUCAACGAGACGUUCAGCUACUACCCCGACCCCAUCUUUGAGCCACUGAGUCCAUCCGGCGUGCUGGAGCUCAAGCCCACAUCACCACUAAUACUGAAGGGUCGUAACCUGAUCCCAGCGGCGCCGGGUAACAGCCGCCUGAACUACACGGUGCUGAUUGGAGAGACUCCCUGCGUCCUGACCCUGUCUGAGAGCCAGCUGCUGUGCGAAUGGCCCAACCUCACCGGACAACACAAAGUCACGAUCCGUGCUGGUGGAUUCGAAUACUCCCCAGGAACUCUUCACAUCUACUCGGACAGUCUUCUCACCCUGCCCGCCAUCAUUGGCAUUGGAGGGGGCGGUGGCCUGCUCCUCUUGGUGAUUAUCGCUGUUUUGAUAGCCUACAAGAGGAAGUCGAGGGACGCGGACCGCACCCUGAAGCGCCUCCAGCUCCAGAUGGACAACCUGGAGUCACGAGUGGCCCUGGAGUGUAAAGAAGCUUUCGCUGAGCUCCAGACGGACAUCCACGAACUGACCCAGGAACUGGACGGCGCAGGGAUUCCCUUCUUGGACUAUCGCACAUACGCAAUGAGAGUCCUGUUCCCCGGAAUUGAGGAUCACCCUGUGCUUAAGGAGAUGGAGGUACGGGUCCAAGCCAACGUUGAGAAGGCACUCACACUGUUUGGCCAGCUGUUGACCAAGAAGCACUUCCUGCUGACAUUCAUACGGACACUUGAGGCUCAAAGGUCGUUUUCGAUGCGGGAUCGAGGCAACGUGGCAUCUCUGAUCAUGACGGCCCUGCAGGGGGAGAUGGAGUACGCCACAGGGGUCCUGAAACAACUGCUGUCUGAUCUGAUAGACAGAAACCUGGAGAGCAAAAAUCACCCCAAACUGCUGCUAAGGAGAACGGAGUCUGUUGCUGAAAAGAUGCUAACCAACUGGUUUACUUUCCUCCUGUACAAGUUCCUCAAGGAGUGCGCCGGCGAGCCUCUGUUCAUGCUGUACUGUGCCAUCAAGCAGCAGAUGGAGAAGGGACCCAUUGACGCCAUCACAGGAGAAGCCCGCUACUCCCUCAGCGAGGACAAACUCAUCAGGCAACAGAUUGACUACAAAACAUUGACGCUGCACUGCGUUAACCCGGAGAAUGAAAACGCCUCAGAGGUGACGGUCAAAUGUCUGAACUGUGACACCAUCACUCAGGUCAAGGAGAAGUUGCUUGAUGCCGUGUACAAAGGCAGCCCUUACUCACAAAGGCCAAAGGCAUCUGAUAUGGACCUUGAAUGGCGUCAGGGUAGGAUGGCCAGAAUCAUUCUGCAGGACGAAGACGUCACGACCAAGAUCGACAAUGACUGGAAAAGACUCAACACGCUAGCUCACUAUCAGGUAACAGAUGCCUCAGUGAUCGCCUUGGUGCCAAAGCAGAACUCUGCGUACAACAUCUCCAACUCCUCCACCUUCACAAAGAGCCUCAGCAGAUACGAGAGCAUGCUGAGGACGGCCAGCAGUCCGGACAGCCUGCGGUCCAGAACGCCGAUGAUCACACCAGACCUGGAGAGCGGCACCAAACUGUGGCAUUUGGUGAAGAACCACGACCACUCGGACCAGAGGGAAGGGGACCGAGGGAGCAAGAUGGUCUCUGAGAUUUACCUGACCAGGCUGCUGGCCACGAAGGGUACAUUACAGAAGUUUGUGGAUGACUUGUUUGAGACCAUCUUCAGCACGGCUCACAGAGGCAGCGCGCUGCCGCUGGCCAUCAAGUACAUGUUCGACUUUCUGGACGAGCAAGCCGACAAGCACUCCAUCACAGAUUAUGACGUACGGCACACCUGGAAGAGCAACUGUCUUCCCCUGCGGUUCUGGGUGAAUGUGAUCAAGAAUCCUCAGUUUGUAUUCGACAUCCAUAAAAACAGCAUCACAGACGCCUGCCUGUCCGUCGUGGCUCAGACCUUCAUGGACUCGUGUUCGACGUCUGAGCACAAGCUGGGGAAAGACUCGCCUUCGAAUAAGCUCCUCUACGCUAAAGACAUCCCCAACUACAAGAGCUGGGUGGAGAGAUAUUACUCGGAUAUUUCCCGUAUGCCAGCAAUCAGCGAUCAGGACAUGAGUGCCUACUUAGCGGAGCAGUCGCGCCUGCACCUCGACCAGUUCAACAGCAUGUCUGCUCUGCAUGAGAUCUACACCUACAUCAUCAAAUACAAAGACGAGAUCCUGUCGGCGCUCCAGAAGGACGAGCCGUCCCGCAGGCAGCGGCUACGCGGAAAGCUAGAGCAGGUCAUCGACACAAUGGCCCUUGCCAGCUGAGGGCCGGCCAAUCAGACACCUCAACUAGUGCAGAACAUGGCUUAACCCACACGCCUUCCCCUCUCCACGUCUGACAUCAUUUCCAUGCACAACGUUUUGAAAUCUGUUGUCGCCACGCUCGCAGACCGCCCCUCCCCCCCACAGUGGUGGGAAUGAGGCAGGAGGGAGACGGGCGACGCAGCGGCACGCCGGAGGGACAGCAGAAUGUUUGGUCACCACAUUUAGUUUUACUUUCUUCUCUGAGCCGCAAUUCUUACUCUGAUCAGCCAAAUCAAAUGCAACUCCUAGCCUCAGCUAAUGUGGACCUGAGCUUAAACAGAUGAGCAGAAAAAAACCCUGCGGGGAAGGUACAGGCCACCACUCGGUAUCUUUCCACUGCCACGGCAACGGUUCAGACUGUGAGUCAUCGAAAAUCCAGGAGAUUUUAUCACUCUACUUGAUCCCCUUUCUGUUGCUGUCCUCCGUAGGGAGCAGGGGAGACGAAACAUCAGGGACUCUGCAGAGCGGCGGUGAGAAAUCCUGGCAGAGAUUUACUUAGACGUUUCAGGAAGCCGCAGAAACGAGGGGGACGGAGGACCGACCCGAGAACGUCCCCCGUUUCCGGUUUGGACUCUCCACGUCUCUAUUGGCGCAAAGAACAAAAGAACAACAACAACAAAAAACAAAACACGCCUCGAAAAAGUUCCCGUUACGCUGCGUUUAAUUUGUCAUUGCAUCUGAUUCUUUUCUCUCCCCAGUGCUGUGCCACUUGUGUUACUGCUGAAUUUGCACAACAGAAGCUAAAUCAAAAGAGAGAAGAGGAUAUAUGAUCAAAUAUAUAUAUAUAUAUAGAUAUAUAUAUAAAUACAACCCUUUGUUUUUAAAACGAAUCAAAAAGUUGAACUUUUUUUCCUCCAUUUCAAUGUACAAAAGAUGUUUCAGAAAAUUUGAUAUUUCCUAGAUGAAAAACAAAAAAAAAAGAUUAUGAAAACACAAGGAAAAGUCGUCUUGUGCCAUGUUUUACUUUGAAUGUCGUUUAGUGCAAAGAAACUUCUUUUUGUUAGAUAAAAUGUGCUAAUUUGAUCAUGUUGUCAUGCUUAGUGACUGAGAGUUUUAAAAACAGGUAAACGGCAGAAAUAUAAGAAUAUAUUACAGACAUUCUAUGUUACCUGAGUUCUUGGCGGCCGUUGUGUGCUGUGGCUCCGAGGAUUGUAAAAAGACAAACGAUGUCUGGAAGCCGCCGAUGAGCCAAACAACCUACAGAGCUUUUGUGUUUGCUUUUUUUUUUGUUUUGUUUUUUUAGAGAAACCAAAUAGAUCAGGAUCAGCCGUUUUAGACGAGUCGUUGGUGUUGAAGGUCGCCUCACGCUGUGCCAUUGACCUGGAUGCAGAUCCCUGGCACACUGUGCUGUGUAACUUCUAGGUCUUGUUUUCUAGACCUCCCCUCUCGUCUGAAGCAAUUUAUGGGCCCGCCGCGCCCGCUCCACUGAAGGAUAGUUUUGCUGUGCAGAGAAAAGUGAAUCAGUUUUGUCAAAGUCUGCAGUAAAGCCUGUAAAGCUUAAAAGGCCCUUUUUCUUCCCCAACUGUGAAUGUGGUUUUUCAAAAAGGUAAUGAAAUGUAGCUUGAAAUAUGUGAGUGUUUUUGUACAAGUUGAAGGCCUUUUUCUUUAUGUUUUCUGUUGUUUUAUAGAGGUAAAAAGAACUUAAAAGAAAACAUCCUGAUAUUUUUCCUUGCACAGUUUGCUGGAGCACAUUAACUUUCAGUGCUUUGAAAGUCAUUUUGUUGGUUUGCAUCUCGUUCUGCUUCGGGGCGGUUUCUUCAGAGGGAUGGAAAACGGAGGGAAAGGGUUGAAACUGUUCACAAAGUUCAAACAUAACAAACUCAGCCAUCCAUCAACAUCAACAUGUUACAGACAACGUGUUAUACAAAUCACAAAAUUAGAUCCCACAAAUACGUUAAUGUUACCGGAUGCUUUACAGUUGUUAGCACCUCUGGUAAAAGUGUGUAAAAGGCUUUUAAAGAAAUUCAUCUUUUAUUGCAGUAAUGUGGUCUCACGUUCAUCUUUGGGGAAAAGUCUAUUUACGUUUCCAUCAUAUUAUGUUUUGUGUUGGGAAUAAUAAAUAAUUCCCAGCAGUUAUUUAUUGGUAAUGUUUUAACUCUCCACAUGGGAUUCGCAUGGGAGAAAUCUUCACUCUGAAUCCCAUUAAAAACAAACCAAAAGGAUUAUUUACACAAUUAAAUUCAACAAUUAAACACUUUCCCAGCUCAGAAAAAAAAAGACAUUGCUGUGUUGAAGGGGAAUUGAGAAGGGUCAUCUUGGGGUCAUCAACCAAUAAACUGUGAUCUGCUUGCCACUCGGUGAUUUAUAAAGUAUUCUGUGAUGUUCACUUUACCGUCCAAAUCCACCAAUAAACGGUGGAGCUGGCAAAAAAUGAAACAUGUCACAUGACAAAGUAAUCACAGCAGAUGUUUAAAUAAUUGUGGCACCCAUGAAUUUGAUAAAAAGGUUGUUUUUUAUUUUAUUUUAUUUUUCUCAUUAAAUACAUUUACUCAAAUUGAAUUAAAAAAACCAUCUGAGAUCAUUCUACUGCAAUAAAAAUGGACCUUUUGAAAUGGUUUUAACUUUUUUUUUUUCACUAAUAGUGGAGGACACUAUAAACGAACCUGUGGAGUAAAUACAGCUCAGUUCUUCUGCUGAGCAGUACUUCUUCAAAGGAAACUGUUAAUACGUCAAAAACAAAUGUUUUCUUCCUCUUCUGUAGUGCUUCCUGCAUAUUUAUUCCCCUUGAAAAGACAUUUUAUCCGAGUCCUCAGGGGGGAUAAGGCAGAAACUUGUGUUUGCUUUUAGUAACAUCAAACCAGAACUAAGACUUUCUUAAGAAUCAAGUUUGCACAAUUCUGUCUCCCACCAGUUGUGGGUCUGGUCACCUGGAAAAGCACACGCGUGCAUUUAAUGAUCAAUUUGAUAUGCAGUAUCUGGAAAAUCUAAAGAUCUACUAACAGACAUUGACAAACCAGGGUUUAAAACCACGUCACAAAUUUUAUUACGUUUUAUCUGCAUGUUUGCGUCAAAUCAAAGUGAUAAAACGAGUUUGGUUGUUCCACUGCUGCGAAUGCAGAAGAUACAGACAGAAAAGUGUGACCAUAAAAAAUCUCCAGACGCUGUGAGACACUUCCUGUGUGAUAAUUGUUCAGUCACAGCUGCUUUACAACAGGAAGCCAACAUGUGUUCAUUUGACACAAGUAGUGAUUUCCACCCUGGGGAAAGUUUGUGGUCACCAUGUUUGAGCAAGACGAAGGCAACAGAUGAAAUUUAAAUAUAAAUGUGUCUGACCUCAACAGUGUGUCGGGUACAGACAGCUGCUGAUGACGGCUUAUUAGUAUCAAAAUGUCACAAUAUACUUGGUUCGAUCUGCAUAAAUUCACAUCCAUUUGAUUUCUAUGAUGUACGUUUUAGAAAAUCAGCAAAUGCUCAUUCAUUCCAGCAAGGUUGGCUUUUACCUUUUCUUUUUUUUUUUUACUUAUACUCCCAUUCCACAAAACUGGAUUCAUACAGUUGCUUUCAGCUACAUAAUAGAGUUCAACUACAUUAUCUCAGCUAUUCUCUAUAUUUUCUGAAAACCCUUUAAAGACCUAGUGUUCAUCUUCUGCUCAGCCUGCCAUGAACCUGAAGGACUCUGUUUUUAUCUGGAAACCUGGAUGUGUGUCCGGACACAUGGAGUCGUUCUGUAUGUGCUUCGAUACUUGAACCACUGACUUACAGGGUAAAAAAAACUAAACAUGCAGAGCGAGCCGACCAAAGCUUACAGGCAUCCACACCAGGAAAGCAACCAAGAGAGGAAGUUAUCAUCAAAAUGUCUGAUUUUCAGUUCUUCCACAAAGCAAUUUUCAGUGUUUUGGGUUUUUGAAUUAUUUGAAAUGCUUAAUGUUUCUUCCUUUUUCUAGAAGUUUGGUCAAACUUAAGCAUUAUUACUUCCAUGUACAGAUACUCAUUGAGUAAUGAAACCAUCUCGGAAUGUGAAGCACAUUAUUGAUAUUCACUUGUUCUUUAGAUUAAAAAUGCUAUAAAUUGUUUUCACAAUCUUAAAACACUACUUAGGUGUGUUUACCCCUGAUCUCCUUUGUGGGCAGAAAAAAAAAGUGAUGUUUUGUUUACCUAUUCUGCGUCUUGUUCUCUGCUUCACAUUGGGUUUAGGUAAAAGAUUUUUUUUUAAACUCAUCUGACGCAGAGGAAGUUGCUUUGAAGACCAUAGUACCUUUUCAUUUUUGAUCUUUUCACAUCUGUUUGGGUCAUUGUUCUUUUUUGAGAAAAAGAAACUAAAAAAAGGACUGAGGGAGUUGGUCUCUUGAUAGCAACACCCUUCAAUGUGCCUUGUUGGCUUGGUACAAUGUUGCUUCAAACAGCAUAAAGGAAAUAGUUUCUUUUUUAUCUGUCAGAAAAAGAAAAGAGGAAACAGACAAAUAAUUUUAAUGUGUCAAAUGACCAACACAGUUCUCAAAUGUGUAGUUUUUAUCAUAAAGAAGUACUUUUCUUAUUUAAAAAGAUAAAGGUACAGAAAGGUGAAAGUGAACAAUGACAAACACCUAGCUUACAGCCCCACUAUAUAUAUAUGAGCCAAAAAUACUCUUAAAACUAGUAAUGUUAUCUUUUUAUGAAGUCAAAACACUGGACAGUUUUUUUUUUCCAUUCAACUAAAACUAGGGUCAAAGAUAAUUUUACCACAGUACUCAGACCACAAGAGAAACAAGUUCUGCUGAUAUAAACACACCUGUCACAUGAACUUGUUCUGUUUGCAAGAGGAGAUUUAGUUUUGCGACCAACUGAGCUAAAAGCAAGUGUUCAUUAAGCUAGCGUAGUCCGAGCUCUGCUCAGGUUUAGUAUUAAACAUUUUGGGGUUAUUUGUUUUUCAUGUGCAAAGCAGAUUAGAAGCAUCAAUACAGAUUGGAAUAAAACAGGUUAACAUAUUUUAGCUAGCAAAUGAGAGCAUACAUGCAAAGAUGCAAGAAAUCCAAUCCAAAGCUAGCAACAUGUUUGAAGACUUUUUUUGAACAAAAUUGUAUUUUAAUUUUUUUGUGUUUUGAUUAUUACUGUUAUUAUUAUUAUCAUUAGAAACAAUGAACUCUUUUCCUGCUAGCAGGGCUAGCUACUUGGCUAACUAAUUUCCUUUGAAGAGAUAAAGCUAAGAUAGCACUUUAAAAAUCAACUUGGCUCUAAAUCCCAAAUGUCAAAACUGAUUAUUUAUAGUAGUGAAAUCGAAAUCGAAUAAUCUUUCUACUGUAAACAUACAGUACUUAUACUUACUCCAACGUGGGUUGGAGUUUUUCUAAUUCUAACCCAUUAAAGCUAUUUCUCUGUUUCUGACAACGGAUACAUUUUUUUGCACAUUUUGAAAGUGCAUUAAAAAGCAGCUGUUAAAUGGAUUUUAAGAUUUGGUUGAGCCCUCCGGUGUGACACUCCUGACCCCAAAAAACACUCGCAGGUUUCUCAUUCCUUCACUUCCAGUGUUCCGGCUUCCUCGCCAAUGUUUCAGAGACACAGCAGAGAAUGUUAAACACCUCUCACAGAUUAAAGACAAGCGACGCAGAAAGGAUAAAAAAAAAAAAAACUUAGAGUUUUAAUACUUUAUGAAUUAUGAUAUCUUUUUAAGAGCUUCAGAUUUGAAGCUGCUGUGACAGGUUUUGGCUGUUUCACACCUGUGUAAAUAUCCUGCUCUUUCCUAUUUUGCAGAUUUAUUACUUGUAUAUAGACACGCAUCAAGGAGAGAUUAAACAUGUUUUUUGCUAAAUCUG